UUUGGGUGCAGAACGAUGGAUUUUGGGUGCGCCGGGGGGAUUUUGGGUGCAGAAGGGGGGCUUUUGGGUGCGCAGGGCCGGCGGGUGCUGGGGGCCGCCCGCGACGGGGGGGUCGCCGCCUGGGACCUGCCGCCCGGCUCCCCCCGCACCCGCUUCCGGGACCCCGUCGCGGCCCCCGCCUGCGCCGCCGUCGCCCCCCCAGGGGGGCCCCGGGCGCUGCUGGCCAUGACGGGCGCCGACGGCGUCACCCGCAUCUGGGAGCCCCUCGAGGCGGCGGCGCCGCGCUCCCUGGGCGGCCACUGCGGCCGCGUCACGGGGCUGGGCGUCUUCGCGGCCCCGCCCCCCGGCGGCGGCCCCGCCCCCCGCGCCUACGUCAUCACCGCGGCGGACGACGGCACCGUGCGCGUGGUGCCGCUGCCCGGGCCAGAUGAGCCGCUCCCCGAGCAGGACCCCGGCGUCCGGGGGGGCCCAGGCGUCCGGGGCCCGGUGGCGGCGCUGGCCUGGAGCCCCGACGGGGCCCUGGCGAUCUCGGGGGGCCCCGGCGGGCGCCUGGUGCUGUGGGGCGACGGGCAGAGCCUGGCCGAGGCCACGUGCGCUCCCCCGGCGGUGACGGCGGUGGCCUUCUGCGACGCCCGGCGGGUUCUGGUGGCGGCCGGGAGGCGCCUGGAGCUCUGGGAGGUCGUCGAGGAGGAGACGGCGCGCGGGAGGCGCCACCGGCUGCGGCGCGGCGGAGCGAUGGCGGCGGCGGCGGCGGCCAUGACGGGCGGGGCCCCGGCGUCCCCGGUGCUGCGGCUGCUGCGGGGGGGGGCCGCCCCCCCAGCCCGGGCUCCUGGCUUUGGCCGCCGACGGCAGGUGACGGCGGCGGGGGGGCCGCGCCCGGACGCCUGGGCCCCUCUCCCGGACGCCUGGGCCCCCCCGGCCGACGCCAACCGCCCGGACGCCGGGGCCCCCGAGGACUCCAGGGCCCCCGAGGACGCCUGGGCCCCUCGCCCGGACGCCGGGGCCCCUCGCCCGGACGCCGGGGCCCCCGAGGACGCCUGGGCCCCUUCCCCGGACGCCGGGGCCCCCGAGGACGCCUGGGCCCCUGCCGCCUUCCGCCUGCCCGGGAGCCCCGUCGACGCCCAGGCGCUGCCCGACGGCUCCGUCCUCGUCUGGGCCGGGGCCACCCGCCCCCACCUCUGCCGUCUGGUGCCGGCGGGGGAGGGGUGGCGGGUGCAGGACGCCUGGGCCCUCGCCGCCCCCCUGGAGCCGCACGGCCCCUCGCAGUGGUUCAACGGCGCCUGCUACAUCCCCGGCGCGGGGGUCUUCCUGGCCCGCUCCGAUGGCACCCUGUGCGUCAGCCCCGGGUGGGGGGACGCCGGGGCCCCCGGAGCCGCCUGGCGCUGCCGCAAGCUGGCUCAUUUCGCCUGCGCCGGCCCCGUGAGCUGCCUGGAGCCCCGGCCCGGCCCCCGGCCCGGCCUGGCCCUGGGCGACGCCUGGGGCCGCGUCUACUUCCUGCGCUGGGACACGCCCCCCUGA